AUGCAGCGAGCGCAGACGGCGGAUCAAGUAUGGCAACAAGAGUUAAAUCACGACCAUCUGGCUGGCGGAGCCACAGAGGACGACUUCACCAAGUUCCUCGAGCUCGAGAAUGAUUUCGCCCAAUUUGAGCCUGUGGAGCAGCAGAAUGCGCACACAGGUCUGGACACUCCAAUGGGCCGGUUGACCUUUGGACAGAACGGACAGGUGCAGGGCCUGACACCGCAGCAGCAUGCCAUUCUUCAAGACAUGGACAUGAGCAUAAACAACAUGCAGUCGCAUAUGGGCUACGCACAUUUGCAGCAGACACAACAGAGUCAAGAGCAGCAGUACCAACAAUACCAACUGUACCAGCAAAUGCAGAACCCUUAUCAACACCAGGUCCCACCAACACCUGUCAGUACUGAGAUGCAAGCCGCAAAGUUUGCACAUGCCAUCGAUGCCGCUGGACAGAUCGUGUUCGAUCGGCAGAAUGCUACUUUCACCCCUCUUGUCUCACCUGCGCAGACCCCUAUCGAUAAUCACUGGGGCAUGCCUGACUAUGUGGUCGCCGAGGACUUCUUCAGUCCACUAACAUCACCCGCUAUAGAGGCACAACAGAACUAUGCAUCGACCACCGCCACUUCCUCGCCGGUCGAUCUAAACGUUGAUCAGCCAACAGCCGUACGAAAGUCAAGGAGAACCUUGAAGCCAACGUCAAGAGUGGCCUCGAAUCGUAAUUUGAGAGUAUCACCAGCUGUUAAGGGUGUAACCCGACGCAGACAGAACUCCCUCACUAAUGGACAGAGAGAUUCGUUAUCUCAAGCGGCAGUGCCUCUGAUGCAUCACCUAUAUGCAGGUCCAACUACUUCGACCGCUGUCAGCAGCGAGGAUUCUGUCUCUCCAGAACCACUAUCUGAAACCUCGAUGCGACCACCACCUUUGCCGCAAUCAAGAACGCCAUCCACACUUCGCCCACGUUCGCAAGAGACCAACGCGCCCGCCACUCCUGCCACCUUGAUGCAGAUCCCUGGCAAACAAGUACAAUCAAUCACACAAGACGGGCAGAUGAUAGAGCCGCCUGAACUCAUGGAAGACAUCUCACUAGGAGCAGCAGCAGCAGAGCUACCGCCUCGUGUCUUGCCAGCUCUGGAUACACGUGUCAGCCACGACAAUGGAGAAGGUACACCUACACUAUCUGCCAAGACUCCUAAACUCAGUGCUGAUAGCACGCCUCGAUCGUCUGGCGCCAAGGCGGCCAGUACCUCGCAGGAGCACCUUCCAAGACCCGCACGCGGUGGUAGGGCAAGCAAGAAACGGCAAAGCAUAUCUCAAGCCACUGUAUCACCAGCACUGAGACCCAAGAUAUCUCCCAGCAUCAGUCCUCUAGUGCCAAACACAAGUGCAGGCAUGCCGAUCCUCUCAGCCGAAACAAGUGCUUUGUACCUCGCUUCCAAAUCGAACUAUGAGAACAUCAUCAAUGGUACACACUUGCCCGGUGUCUCUUACCCCGAAACACUAGCAGAAAACCUAAGCUCGAAAAGGACCUCACACAAGAUAGCGGAACAGGGUAGGCGAAAUCGGAUAAAUCUUGCUCUGAAAGAAAUAGAAUCCUUGCUACCAGCUUCGAUCACUGCUGCCAACCGUAAGGAAAGAGAACAGGGCAAGGACUCAAAUGGUGAAGCAAGUGACAAGCUUGCUGCAAUGCAGGGUGCAAGCAAAGCGAGUACAGUGGAGAUGGCCAUUAUUUAUAUCAGAAGUUUGCAGUCCGAAUUGCAGCACACAAGGGAGAAGCUCGAGGCAGCAGAGAAGUCUCUCGCAGAAGGCAAUAGCAGUGGAAGCCAGAGUUCUGAGCAGACGAAUGCCUAA